AAACCCAUCGUGCAGCAGAAGAUGAUCCACUGCUUGCUCCCGCUCCUGCUGCACCUUGAAGACCGGGAUGAGAGUGUGACACUGAGAUGCAAACUGACGCUCUUCCGCUGCGCAGUGUUUCUCAGGUGGGCUCAUUUGAAGACGCUGUUCCGCAGCAUGGCCUGGGAUGGCUCCACACAGCUCCGGAAGUGUGCCUGGAAGUGCUUGAUGCAGAACAACAAGAGCCACAUCCCCAAAUUCCUGUUCCACGCCUUAGAAUACCUGGAAAGCUCACAGACAACAAUCAGACAUUCUGCAGCCCUGUUCAUUGGUAAGCAGAGCGACUUCACUUGAGCUUUUUUGACCUGCUUCCUUCAAAGCCCUUUUC